CUUUUCGAGGCUCAGGCUGAACUGUCACGCCGUGAGUCGCGGUGGCAAGCCGGACAGUCGCGGCUGCGAGCUCGCCUCGAAGCCUGCGAGAAAGAACGUUUAGAUGCUCUAGAGCGCGUCCAUCGGUUAGAGGCGGACCGCGUCCGUAUGAUGGGACAACUGAAGGAAGCUGCCAACUCAGCUGACCGACGACCAAAGACAAUAAGAGUAAAGGUGUUAUAUUUUAAAUCUCCUAUUUAUCCAUAUAUGUUCGAUUAA